GAUAAGAAGGCCUGCAGUGGGUUUUGAGCAAUUUUUAUAUAGUAAGAAACAACAGCUCAUAUACAGAGAAAAACUUCAAGGAAAAGUCAUCUUUAAUACCAAAGCAUUCAGUGAAUACAAUCAACAGAAACCUCCAGAAUCAUAAACAUAAAAACUAAGCGGUGAAUGCAUGCAAAUUAAUUCUAAGAAAAUUUAAUUUAUAUAUUAAGUAAGAAACACAUUUUAAUGAAUAUGUAUAGUUAUAAUGAACAAAAACCCUGUUGUAAAGUCUCACUCAGACACAAUAAAUAAAGAUCCACUGUGUCCUGCACAGGUAAAGUAUUUCUGCUUUCUAAUGCUUGAAAUUGCGUUAGAAAGUUUAUUCCAGCCAAUUUCGGUAUCAUCUGACAAGUCCAGCAUUUAGCAACCUUAAACUUUGCUGCACGUUUUUCUAGUAAAAAUAAAGCGCUGCUGCAGGAAUCAUUUCCACAGGGAUCCAGAGUGACCUGAAAGCCACGGGCGCUGGAGCAGCCGGGACUCCACUGAGGGGGACAAAACCGAGCUCCAAAGCGGAGCUGACCUGCACUGCGCCGAGGUGAACACGGCCCAUGGCCGGCACAGCAUCACAUCAUACCUGCUCUGGGGAUGUUUAUGGUAACAGAGCCUUUCCAGGACCGACACUCUGAACCUGGAGCGGCGCGGUUCUCGGCCCUCUCACCGAGGGUCUCAGAGGUAGGGAGGCCUCAACCAGCGGCGCGGGGCCGGCGCGGGUGUCCCCCCGGUCACCGCGGUGUUCGGCACCACGGGCCGGGGGUGACCGCGGCACUGCCUCUCCCGACGGGGCCGCGGAUGCUCCGGCGGGCCCGGCUCUCCCCACCUCGUGCCCCGGGCAGUGCGGGCGCCGCGAGGGCUCCGUGAGGGCCGCGCCGCCGGCCCCGUCGCAGCACACACCCCGCCCGCCGCUCCGGGCUCCCCGUGCGGGGCCGCCGCUGCGGGAUGGCGCCGGGGCUGCUGGACCUGGUGCACCUGACAACCUGGGCCGUGUGUGCCGUGAUCAAGCUGCCGCAGCUGGUGGCGGUGCUGAGGGCCGGCUCGGCGUGGGGACUCAGCUUGAGCAGCCUCCUCCUGGAGCUGGCCGGCUACCUUGUGUUUCUGAGGUACCAGAUCUAUUAUGGUUACCCCCUGGAGACAUACCUGGAGUAUCCCAUCAUCAUUGCACAAGAUGUCAUUCUCAUUUUCUGUAUUAUGCAUUUCAAUGGAAAAGUAAAACGAGCUUUCUUCUAUGCAGCCAUAUAUUGCGGGAGCUGGUACAUGCUAACACUGCAGAAGUGCAUAAUAGACAUGGCCAUGAAUCUGUGCACGUUUGUCAGUGCAGCCAGUAAGCUGGUUCAGCUGCAGCAUCUCUGGCACACCAAAGAUUCUGGACAAGCGAGCGCCCUGACCUGGGGCAUGGCUGUGUACACCUGUGCAGCAAGAAUUAUUACAACUGUAAUGACUACGAAUGAUCCUGCAGUUCUCACCCGUUUCAUAAUCAUGCUCAUUCUCAAUAUUUGGGUCACAGCCACAGUCCUGUACUACAGGAAGACUAAAAAGACUGACUAGAAGACACUCAUCAGCACACAUAUCAUACCAUGAAAAAAAUAUAAUUAAGCCUAAAGAAUUUAAGAAUUCCUCAAAGAUUGAGGAAGUUCUCUUACUUAAUAUUUACCCUUUAGCAUACUUACAGUAUUUACAGUACUUAGAGACUUACAGUAUAGUACAUUCAUGCUUACUUUCUCUUAAAAAUAAUUCUGAUAAGAUACUUAAUUUAAGCAGCAUAUUUUUAUUGGUCAUUUCAGACAAGUUUCACUGAUACCACAUUUUCUCUGGAUUAUUUUUUUACUACAAGGUAUUUCAUAAUUAGAUGUAUAUAUAUUCUGGUAUCACUUCAGUACUUUCUGGUUACAUAUAAGCAGUUUUCUUCAAUUAUACAUGAUCACUUUUGCACCAACAUACUGACUCAUCCUUCUGCUGCAAGACUGAAAAACCACAACAGACGUUUGUCUUCUUUUUGCAAGCAACUCAGUUCAACAUUAACUGUCUGUAUUUUAGGAUGAAGAAAAUCUGAGUCAAGGCCCAGUCCAGAAUAAGGGUCUAAAUGUCUUUUACUAAAUCACAAAUCCAGUUGGGAUUGUAGCACUUACAUGCAACACUUAAAUAGUACAGUUUAUACAGCUGAUACAGGAUACCCAUAGUCACUUUCCUCUGUUUUUAUCAGAUAAGAGCAAAAACUCAACUAUGAAUUCUUUUUCAACCUGAGCUCUCAUUCACUGAACAUACUGUUUAGGUAACAGCAGGGACUAGAAUGUAUGGGAAUUAAUGAAACUGUGACCAACAGUUAAAAAUGCUGUUCAAGCACAAGUUCCUGGAACGAUGCCCAGAAUUCCCAAACACCAUCCGUACUGACAGUGACAUGAACCUUGAUGCAUCUCAGCAGACUCAUCUCCCAUGGGUGUCAGGUUUUGGUGAUACUGCUGUGGUUCAUGGGGUUUUGGCCUGUCAGUGCUAAGUGUGUUGAAGAACAUAGACUUCACUUAAACUUUUACUUUAGAAAUUCUUAUCAAUUUGUAGUACUUAGAAUAAACGGGGAAAGGAUAUUCUUGACAACUAUUAACAGAGGAUUUUGGUUUUGGAAGUACUGCCUUCACAACCAAAAGUUACAUUAAUUAUAUAGCUUGCCUUCAUUUCUCAUUACAUUCCCCAAAAUUAAAAGAUACAACAUUUCAAAAGAGUUCUUACAGUAUUCUGUUGAUUGGCAUGUAAAAACCAAGGCACCCUUGAUCCCAACACCCUUGAAAACUAUGGGAAGACUGCAUUGACUACAUUUGAGGCAGGUUUUCUUCACAACAUUUUAAAUUGUGUGACUGCUGUGGAGCAAAGGGGUCUGCAAAAGCAGAGGUUUCUGCCACUGAGCACACAGUAACGGGAGCAGGUCUUCACCAUCAGAAAACAGCUGCUUUGUACUCUAGUGGGAAGGGCUGGGAAGAGAUGUGUCUGUGGGCAGUGACUCAUGUAUCCCACAUUAUUGAGAGCAAGUAAGAUGAGGGGUUUUUACUGCUCCAAUAAAAUGUAUAAAUCUUUCUAUGUUGGUUGAAAGAUUAUUGUAAACAUUCUGAUUUUACUAAAGCUGUGUAAAGUAUCUGAAGUAGUCUAAAUGGUCGCAGGUGGCAUGUGAUACAUUUUCUAAGUGAUAUUAAUAAAUGCUAUUCUUCAAGA